UUGAACUAUUAAACGAUCAUGACAAAAGAUGAGUACUGGCUGACGGACUUCAGGGAGAAAUUAUUUGGGUUUUAUUGUAAUCUGGGGUUUAGAGAAGCUUCUUAGAAAGCCGUGUGUUUGUGCUUCAGAUGGCCUCGAGUGAAGCUGAUAAUUCUCAGUGUGAUGAGGAGCCUCAGCCUGGAGACCUGAUCGAGAUCUUCAGACCAGCCUAUCAGCACUGGGCUCUUUACCUGGGAGACGGGUACAUCAUCAACCUCACACCUGUCGAUGAGAGUCAAGCCGCAGCUGUGUCCAGUGUGAAGUCCGUGUUCAGCCGGAAGGCUGUGGUCCGCAUGCAGCUCCUGAAGGAGGUCGUGGGAGGAGAUUCAUACCGGAUCAAUAAUAAAUAUGAUGACAGUCACACGCCACUGGCCGUGUCGGAGAUCAUUGAGCGAGCGCAGCUUCUCAUUGGACAGGAGGUGUCAUAUGACCUGCUGGGAAGCAACUGUGAGCACUUCGUCACUCUCCUGCGCUACGGGGAGGGAGUCUCUGAGCAGGCGUCACGGGCCAUAGGCGCCAUCAGUUUAGUGACGGCCGCAGCGAGUGCUUUCUCAGUGCUGGGACUGAUCAACACACGCUCCAGAAACAGACCCUUCUAGAACCACUCCAGAUCCAGCUGAGCUUUUCAUUGAGUUUGAAUGUCCUCCGUACUCAGGAUUCUUUGGCUGAAAAGUUGUGUUAAAAUGAAAAUGAACCUUUGCUGUGAUAACUUGACAUAGUAUCCAAAGAAUGGAAAUAAAAACGGUAGUAAACUAGGAUUUAGCCUGUAAAAAAAUAUUUUUUACAUUUAAUAUCAAUUAUUUUUAUUUAUAGUUUAAAUUAUUCCAAAGUGUUUUUUAUUAAUUUAUUGUAAAAUUUUAGACCAUGUUACUAAGUUGCAAUGCAAUGUUAAUACAAUGCAAUGCAAUUUUGCUGUGAUUUUAUCUGGAACUCACGUCAUAAAAUAAAAAUGUAGCUUGC